AUGCCUCGAGUCAAGAUCCCCCUGGAGCCCUACAGAGACCAAAUCACCAGCUGGCGCCAUGAAGGCUUCACCCGCAAAGAGAUCCUCGAGAAGCUCAAGAAUGAAGAGAACUUCUCCAUCAGCAUGGGCCUCCUGUGCAGACACCUGCUAGAUUGGAAAGUCCGCGUCACAUGCCCCCGAUACGUAGGCGACGAUGAGUUGGCGCUUCAGAACCGCAUCGUGCAUUACUGGCAGCACAACUUCGCGGACAAGGGUAUUGCUGCUGAGCUGAAGAAGGAUGGGUUUGAGAUCAGUGUGCUUACCGUGGGGAGGCGGAGGAGGGAAAUGGGGUUGUUGAAGCGGCGAGAGCGCAUUGGAGGGAAGAAGCAUCCCCCGAAGGCGGAGAUGACGGGGUCGUCGGCGGCAGACGUUGAUGAUGAGGCCCGACCGACAGCGUCGGGUGACGAUGAAGAAGCUAUAGUGUACGAUUACGACUGA